ACCCACAGACGAUUCGUGGUAGUACAGUUAUUAAAGGCAGGGUGGUUGAGCAUGCGCAGGAAUGUGCUGGUCUGUCAUGCUUUCUCCAUAGAACUUCCGCGUUUACAUGUCAACCUCAACCAAAGUAGCACAAUUGUUUUAUCUCUGGUAUUAUUUUUAGUGAAGAUAUUUUCUCGGGGUUUUGCACAUUAGCCAUGAUGGCAUCUUCAUCGUUCGAAAGCUCUGCGCUAGUGUAUGGCGUUGGAAUCGCUGUGCUGUCUAGUUUUAUCAAUGGUUCUACAUGUGUGCUGCAUAAAAAGGGCAUUUUACGUGCCCGCACAAAAGGGGGUUCCUACCUGACAGAUAUUAUAUGGUGGAGUGGCACCAUUGCAACUGUGGUAGGUCAGAUUGGGAAUUUUGUGGCAUACAAUGCAGCACCAGCGGUGUUGGUUACCCCUCUUGGAGCACUUGGGGUCAUUUUCGGGGCCACCCUUGCCUCUGUCGUUCUCAAGGAGCACCUGACCAUUCUGGGGAAACUUGGCUGCACACUGUGCUGCUGUGGCUCUGCAGUCCUCAUCAUUCAUUCCCCAAAGUCCGACAAUGUGACGUCAAGAAUACAGCUAGAGGAAAGACUAGAAGAUCCAGUGGUCUUGGUGUACAUCUCACUGGUUGUUCUCCUGCUGGUUAUCUUAAUUGGGUGGAUGGUCCCUGCCCAUGGAAAGUCCAACAUCAUGGUGUACGUUGCCAUCUGCUCCCUCCUGGGCAGCUUCACAGUGCCCUGUUGCAAGGGCCUCGGCCUGGCCGCAGGAGACGCCUUUGACCAGACCUCCACAGCUCAAACCAGAGCAGCCCUGCUCUUCUCGGGCCUGGUUUGCACUCUCGUCGUCAGCAUCCUGAUACAGUUCACCUUCAUCAACAAGGCCCUCGAGGUGUAUAGCUCACACAUGUUUGAGGCCAUCUAUUAUGUAAUGUUCACCUCUACUGUGAUUUUGGCAUCUGCCAUUCUCUUCAGGGAGUGGACGUCGGUCAAUGUAGUGGACUGUCUGGGCAUGCUCUGUGGCUUGACCACUGUGUCUAUAGGGGUGGUGCUGCUCUGUAUUUCCCAAGAUGCACUACUCAUAUGGAAGCAAACAAAGGGGCCUGGGAAAUCAGAGUGAAACAGUAACUGUUGUAAUUGUAAUUGUUCUAAAUGCAACAAUUACUCAAAAGGACUGAUGGGAAUUUUUAAGUUAAUUUGUGAAAACUAAGAAUUGCCUAAUAAUAUUUAUUAUGUUUUCAUCUGUUUUGAUUUAUUAUGCAACACGUCUGUGUUGAAACAGUCACAUCAGUAUUUUCAUAAUUAUGCUGUGCAUAAAUGUAUUAAUCCUGUGUAUUAAUUAACACAAUGUUUACAGACACUAUGAUUGGAGAGGGCAUUAAAAGAGUAUUUAAAGGUA